AUGUCCACACUCGAGAAUCUCGUUAAUAUCCCGAACACCCCACAAUUUCAAGAGUUGCUCUCGAAAGAUCUCAAACGUAUAUCACUAAUCUACUUCUGGACGUCCUGGGCUGAGCCAUGUGUACAAAUGAAUCAAGUUGUGGAAGGGCUAGCGAAGAAAUAUCCAAAACUACUCGCACUCAGGGUGGAGGCAGAAGAGCAAGCGGACAUAUCAGACUCCUUUGACAUCAACUCCGUUCCGACAUGCUUAGUUAUUCAGGGUCAUGCGUUACUUGCCCGAAUCGAAGGCGGAGAUGCGACACAGCUUACAGAAACGAUCACAAAGUAUUUGGGAAACAACUCCUCCGUAGCUCCCAAGGCAACGACAUCUCAACUCCCUGCCUCUCCUCUGUCUUCUGAGACGGAAGAACAGUUAGAAGCCCGUAUGCGCGAUAUCAUGAAUCAAAGCGCAGUAGUCCUGUUCAUGAAAGGGGAGCCAGAUGCGCCUCGGUGUGGCUUUUCCAGGAGUGCUGUGGCGUUGUUGAGGGAGAAAAGUGUUACAUUUACCCAUUUUGACAUUCUCAGUGACGAGAAUGUGCGGCAGGGUUUGAAGAAACUGAACGAUUGGCCCACCUUCCCGCAAUUCAUAGUCAAAGGCGAAUUUGUGGGAGGACUAGACGUCGUGAAGGAGAUGAAGGAGUCGGGGGAAUUUGAAGAGGUUUUCUCUACUUGA